CCCAAUUCUCCCCCCGACAGAAGGCUACCGCGAUUACAUUAAUCGCAAAGGGUGGCCAUCUAUUGUUCUCCAGGCACUUGUUGAUGACAGGUGCAUGAUACGAGACAUAUGUGUUGGCACUCCUGGAAGUGCCCAUGACGCAGCUGUGUUUGCAGCCUCAGAUCUGUACAGACACCCUGAGAGACACCCCCAGGCUACACUUGUUGUGGAGGGAGUCCAGGUGCCUCUGCUAGUGGCAGGAGACCCAGCCUAUCCACUACUGCCUUGGCUCAUCAAAGGUUAUUCUGGACCCAAUUUGUCAGAAGAACAGGAAGCAUUUAACGGUCACUUGAAUGGAUCGAGAGUUAAGGUGGAGCACACAUUCGGACACCUGAAAGGAAGAUGGCGCAUCCUGGCAAAACGGUCAGACAUUCACCACUCUUUCAUGCCUACAGUUGUGGCAGCAUGUUGUGUACUACAUAACAUCUGUGAGAUGGAGAAGCAAGGAUCCAUACAACCUUGUGAAGACUCAUGUAAUGAAGGGGAGAGACAACUGUGUUGCUUGCAAUGCAAUGACCGACCUUCUGCACAAGCUGUGCUUAUCAGGGACACUCUCAUGCAAUAUGUAGCUCACUUAAGAAGGCAGUAGGUUGUAAUGAGAAAAUGUAUUU